UCAAAAGAUAUGUUUGCCGACGCUUUAUAUAGUUCCACGAUUGGGAGCCAGUGUAGUCAGUAGACAAGUGUGUGAGAGGAAAGUCUGUGUUGUCUCACAGUCAUGGCUAAGCUGGUGGAAUGUGUACCAAAUUUCUCAGAGGGGCGUAACAAGGAGGUCAUUGACGCCAUAGCCGAUGCCAUCUCUGCCACAGAGGGCUGCAGUUUGCUGGACGUCGACCCAGGGUCUUCAACAAACAGGACGGUGUACACUUUUGUGGGCCCACCGAUGGCUGUCAUCGAGGGGGCACUGAAUGCUGCCCGUGUCGCGUUUAAACUCAUAGACAUGACCAAACACUCAGGCGAACACCCUCGGAUGGGUGCGAUGGAUGUGUGUCCCUUCAUACCAGUGCAGAACGUCAGCAUGGAGGAGUGUGUACAGUGUGCCAAUGAAUUUGGCCAGAGAUUGUCAGACAUGCUCAAUGUGCCUGUCUAUCUCUACGGAGAGGCGGCUAGAAAAGAGAGCAGAAGGUCACUUCCCUCUGUCCGUGCAGGGGAAUAUGAAGCAUUACCGGAGAAGUUAAAAAAGAGCGAAUGGGCCCCUGAAUAUGGCCCCGCCACCUUCGUCCCUUCUUGGGGCGCCACAGUCACCGGCGCCCGAAAGUUUCUCAUUGCCUACAAUGUGAACCUUCUGAGCACUAAGGAACAGGCUCACAGAAUCGCACUGGAUAUUAGAGAACAGGGCCGUGGGAAAGAUCAGCCCGGGCUUCUGAGGAAGGUUCAGGGAAUGGGAUGGUACUUGGAAGAGGCCAACCUUGCUCAGGUGUCCACCAACAUCCUAGACUUUGAGGUGACGCCCAUGCACGUGGUCUAUGAGGAGAUCUGUAGAGAUGCCAAGGAUUUGAACCUUCCAGUGGUGGGGUCCCAGAUAGUCGGUCUGAUUCCUCUGAAGGCGAUGCUGGACUGUGCGGACUUCUACAUCCAAAAAGAAAAUCUCUUCGUUGUGGAAGAGGAGCACAAAAUCCGACUGGUUAUCAGCAAAUUAGGACUCGAAUCCUUGGGGCCAUUUGUUCCAAAGGAGAGAAUCAUAGAGUAUAUGGUGCGGGACAAUCAGGACGAUGGGCGGCUUGUGUCUCUGUCUCUACAGAAGUUUGUCCACAGUGUUGGGACCAGAACAGCGGCUCCUGGUGGAGGGUCUGUUUCUGCUGCAAUCGCUGCUAUGGGUGCAGCUCUGGGCUGCAUGGUCGGUCAGAUGACAUAUGGGAAGAGGCAGUUUGAGUCUCUGGAUGCGGAGAUGAGAAAACUCAUUCCUCCAUUUCAUGAAGCCAUGAGCGACUUAUUAUUAAAAGUGGACGCUGAUUCAUCAGCUUUUAACAGCUACAUGGCUGCUCUGAAAUUGCCCAAAGGCACACCUGAUGAAAUCAAAAGGAGGGAGGAAGCCAUGCAGGAGGGUUUGAAGGCAGCUGUGGGUGUCCCUCUGUCUCUGGCAGAGAGAAUAAACACACUGUGGCCUGUUCUCAAAGAGAUGGUAAAAUACGGAAAUGUGGCAUGUAAAUCAGACCUUCAGGUAUCGGCAAAAGCUUUGGAAACAGCAGUAUUUGGAGCAUAUUACAACGUUAUUAUAAACCUGAAGGACAUCACGGAUGCUUCAUUCAGGGUUGCUACUGAAGUGACAGUGUCUGCGCUGUUAAAGAACGCCAGAGAGAAUGCUAACAUAGUGCUGGAGACUGCCGACCACAGGAAAUGAUGCAGACUGUAACUCACAAGAACAAAUCAAAUAAAGACAUGCUGAUGUGCAACCUAAAACCCUCUGGUGCACAGACUGCCAUUGUAAGUGCAUUAAUUGAAAUGCAUUUUAUAACCACUUUACAUACAUGAAUGAUAAAUUCAAUUUUCAGCUUGUUAAAGAGAGUGAUUUUGGCAAAAACACUUACACAUACCAGAAUAAGAGAUGUGCGAAUGUGCUCUUUUGACAUAAACAAACAGCCAGAAGACUAUAGAAACAACUUUUCAACACACUGGCAACCAUCCAAAAUAUCUUGGAAUAAUAGCAGCAAGGAUUGCACAGACAAGCACCGCGCAUAUUUCAGUAGACAAUGUAUAAAUACCUUUCUUGCCACUUUCAAGUAACAAAUUUAAAGUGAGUGGCAGUGAAAUCAGUGAAGUAAUUGUAAUGUAACACUCUUUAGAUAUGCAAAAGAGCCUGACAUUUGCCAUUAAUUUAAAAAAAACUAACAACAACAGAAAAAAAGAGUUGUGGUUUGUGCUGUCAUAUUUUGAAUAAGCAGACUCACCCAUUUCCUGAAUGCAACGUAGCUCUCAUAGUUGUAAUGACCGAGCUGUUUUUACUAUCACAAGAUGUAAAGUAACAUGCACCCAAUAAACUGAACAAAUAUCUAACAGA